CUCGCCUGGUCAAGGCAGACAUCAUAUUCUCAUUUUGACCUCCCGUGUUCAAUUCACCGGUCACCUCCUCACCGCUUUAGCUGACUACUAUCACCUGCAUUUCCGGUAACCCCGUCGCACUUCAAUAUCCGGUCGUUCUGACACUUGGUCGACAAUUUUUGAACGGUGAUUCUUGUUUUUCAAUUUUGAUGGAGCAACCCAUUGGUAAAGAAGAACAUGCAGAAAAGAAAGCCGGAUCGACAGAAGCGUCGGUUAAAUAUCCGAUCCUGACUCCGGAACCCGACCCGGAUCCGAAGCCUGGCGGAGGUGUCAAUGAGGAGGCAUUGAAGCAAGUCGAUAAUUCGAAUAUUACUGCUAUAAAUAUUAAUGAAGAGAAUGAUAAUGGUGCCAAUGGGAGUAAUGAUAGUAAUAAAUUGGCUGGGAGUGUGAAAUCCAAGAAAUCGGUGAGAUGGAGCCAAGAAUUGGUGAUGGAAUCGACGAUACCGAGGGAUUAUGAUCGUGGACCUGAUAAUCCCUAUGUCAAUCACUCGCCUGCACCUUCCAGCAAUUCCUCGUCUGCCAAUUUGAAAAACACGAUGAACAGUGUGAAGAAUGUACUUGGGAAAUGGGGGAAGAAAGUCGGAGAAGCAACCAGGCAGGCUGAAGAUCUUGCUGGGAAUACAUGGCAGCACUUGAAAACGAGCCCCAGUCUAGCUGAUGCUGCCCUAGGAAGAAUUGCACAGGGAACAAAGGUUCUAGCUGAAGGUGGUUAUGAGAAAAUAUUUCGACAAACAUUUGAGACAGUUCCGGAUGAGCAACUGCAAAAGACUUAUGCAUGUUACUUAUCCACAUCCACUGGUCCAGUAAUGGGUGUUUUAUACGUCUCUUCUGCUAAGCUUGCAUUUUGUAGUGAUAGUCCACUUUCAUAUAAAGCUGGUGACGAGACUGAAUGGAGCCAUUAUAAGGUAGUUAUCCCAUUACAUCAACUCAAAGCCAUAAAUCCUUCAUCAAGCAGAACUUCAGCUGAAAAGUACAUCCAGGUUAUAUCUGUUGAUGACCAUGAAUUUUGGUAUAUGGGCUUUUUGAAUUAUGGUGGGGCGGUGAAGUGUCUGCAAGAUGCCUUGCAAGUGCGCAACUUGCCAACCAUCUAAAGUUGAAACCAGGUUCAAGUUAUACUUAGAUCGAGCUGCUUCUUAAUUUAUAUAUUUAGUAGAUUUGGUGCUCUUGAAAAAAAAAAAAAAAAAAAAAACUGAGCAUGACUUUUAGACAGUUGAAAUGCAUAUUUGCCAUCUUUGAGAUAUCCUCUGGUUUUUCACAUUUAAGUUAUUACUGUUGUUUAUGAAGACAUUUUGUAUGGGAAAGAGCAAGUUCCAUAUCAGUCUUUGAUUAGCCAAUUGGGCAAAGUAGUUUAAAGUUUUAAUGAAUAUUCUUUACCAUCCUCUA